AGUAGAUUCAUCCAUAAAAGCAUAACUUCCCUGACAGCAUAUUUAUUUUGAAUUGUGCAAAAGCAAAAAAAGAGAAUUCGUAAUUUUGCUUCGAAUCACUAAACAAAAAACGAUGAUUUGGAAAGUCCAUAUGCAUUUCAUGCUGCUGCUAUUAUCUCUUACAUACGUUUUUUGUGAAGAUGAAAGCACUCCGUCAGUUCUAAAUUCUGAAAUUGAAGAAGAGCAACAAUUAGGUCCUGAAGAGGCAGUGAACAUAGUUCUUUCUGAUAAUACCAAUGAUAAUGAACCAAUUGAUAUGCCUAAACCAUCUAAAAAACCAUCCAGGCAUCAUUCAAAAAAUCGCAAUCACGAAAUGCUCAAACCUGAUAGAAGUGCAGUUUAUGAUGUUGUGAACGAACCCUGCUUUUCACCUGGCUGUAGAGGUGGUUAUGGCCCAUUUGAUGCAGGACAGGGUGGUUACCGUUGGCAAUCGAGAGGAAACCGAAUGGUACCUUAUCCAAAUCAAUUUUACGAUCCAAGGAGAAGAGGUAUGUAUCCUCCUUCAGAUUAUUACCAAGAUGGUUAUUAUGGUUACGGACCAAGAGAUCAGGAUUAUGGGUAUGGCUCACGAGGAUCGAUUGGUUACCAAGGUAGAUAUGGAAGUGGCUUUGGAGGAUAUACUCCACAGGCAGGAGGAUAUUAUGGUAAUCGUAUUUUAGGUUAAAGUACUAAAACGUGAUGACUGAUAAGUUUUGUGUGAAGAAGGUAAGGCAUUCUUCAAGAGAUAUUCUGCUAAAAAUCAUCGAAGGGAAUACUUGAAAGAGUUCCAGGAACAUCCACAAAAGUAAAAUAAACUUUUUAAUGAUCUUGAACUCUUUGUUAAUUUGCAGAUUUUGAAAUGUUUAUAUUUGAGAUUCCAGUAUCACUUAAAAAUCUAUUUAAAAAAAAUCUAUUUUGAAUUUGUUUUUA